CGCUGAGAACGAAAGUGACCUAUUUCAAAAUUUUGAUAAAAUGAGUUAAUUAUACGUAAUGACUCAAAAAAGUAUACGCUACCACACUAGUAUUAAAAAACGGACCUAAUAUGGUCAGAGAGAGCUAGGACACAUAUUCGGUCUCUUUUUAGUAGACCGCUUUACACGCGCCGCGCCCGAGGGAAAGAGACGUAAUCAGUAUUGUACCGCACGUGAUGUAAACAGGUCGUGACGAGUUUAGUGCAGCAGUGACCGAUUACGCUUUGAGCCUGUUUUGUAUCAACUUAGGAGGUAAGUUUUGUUUCAAUAUUUAAUCAUAAAGUGACCGAUUGAGACAAAGGUCACUUUACCUUUUCUUAUAUAAGCAACUUAUGUGUCCAAAAUCAAGUUCAGUCACUUAUUUAUUCACGUAUAAGUUUAACUCAAAGACUCAUUGUAAAUUAGGUUAUUUUAAUAUUAAAUAGAUAUUUUUUUAUUUGUACUAUUAUAAAAAAAGACUCUUUAACAUUAUUAUGAUGUGUUUUACAAAAGACAUAUUGAUUAAUAGUUCACUUUAUUGUUUUUCAGAGUUGCAUAAUAUCAUAAUUAAGCCUGUUAUCUAAAAAGAUAAAAAUGAAAAGGAGUGCAUUAAUACUUCAAAUGGUGGACGAAAAACAAAAAACCGAGAAUACUAAUGAGGCUUGUGAUAUCGACAAGGAAAAUGUACCAUCUAGUCCUUCUAUUAUAGAAAAUUCACCACCACCAGACCAGGGCAUUCAAAUAGCAUUACGCGAAAACAAGAUAUUGAAACCGAUAGGUGAUGUUCAGAAUCCUCAGCAAGAGAUAAAUGAUGCAUCAGAAACUAUCGAUAAGACGUCAAGUAAAGUGUUUGCCGUCCGGCCACGUUCAAGAAUUUCAAGUAGUAGCAGUUCAUCCUCAUCUUCAUCUUCAUCCUCGAGUAGAUCUUCAUCCUCCAGUAGCAGAUCUUCAUCCUCCAGUAGCACGGACAAAUCUGAGACUGUAGCAAUUCCUGGCCCAAGUACUAAUUUAAGGCCUCAAGCAGGUAUUCCACGUUCGUACACUCAAUCGCCAGUUAAUCCACAAGAAAGUGAUGUGGAUCUAAGCGACUCAGAUCCAACAUACCAUACUGAACAAUCCAACAAUCCAAGGAGUAGACGUAUUUCCAGCUCUUCAUCUGCCAAUUCAUUGGUCCAACCAGAACCCUCAAAGAGUAGAAAACGAAAAAGGAACCCUGUUAAUUGGAAGCAAAACCAAUCUAAAAAGUCAAGAAACUCUGGAGAGAGUUAUAGGUCUAUGGCAAAAUCUAAAAAAGUCAUUCCAGCUAGACAAAUCAAAGAAACUUGUACAAGUAAGUGUAGGCUUAAGUGUUUCAAUAAUAUAAAUGAGACUGAGAGAUCUGAAUUAUUUAAGAAUUAUUGGGCUUUGUCCAAUUUGGAAUUACAACGUUCAUAUAUUAGGGCAUCCAUGAUGGAAGUACAACCUAGAUAUAGAUAUUCUAAUGCUCAAAAUCCUCGCCUGCCAAACAAUGCGUUUUAUUUCACUGUAAAUGGUAAUAGAAUUCGUGUUUGUAAACAAUUUUUUAUAAAUACUUUAGACAUAUCGGAUAGACAACUAAGAACUGUCAAGAGUAAAACUAAUAGCCAUGGUUUCGUAGAACCUGAGGGUAGAGGUCGGCAUGAAAACAAAAAAAGGGUAGACCCUGAGCUAAUACAAUGCAUCAAAAAUCACAUAAAUACGAUACCGAGGGUCGAGUCUCAUUAUUUAAGAGCUACGACUAGUAGGGAAUUCAUAUCUGACAGUAAAACUAUCAGAGACCUCUGGACUGAUUUUAAUAAUGAACAAAAAGACAGAAGUCUCCCGCAGUGCGACUAUUGGUUAUACCUGAACACUUUUAAUAAAGAUUUCAAUAUAAGCUUUUUCCAGGCGAAAAAAGAUAGGUGUGAAACGUGUGUUGCAUAUGAACUUGCCCCCGCAAGUACGAAAUUACUGCUAAAACCUAAAUAUGAUACACAUCUUAAAGAAAAAGAACUGUGUCGCAAUGAAAAACGGAUGGAUCGUCAAAAUAUUGAUGAGACACAUAUUUGCGCAAUAUAUGACCUUCAGUCUGUUAUGUUAUGUCCUAGUCCUGAUUAUUUUUACUAUUCUUCCAAAAUAAACUGUCUUAAUUUUACAAUUACACAAUUAAAAAAUGGGGAGGAUGAUAAAAAGUCUUACGGAGAUGUUUAUUGUUAUUUUUGGGAUGAAACCCAAGGCCAAAGAGGUGCCAAUGAAAUAGGUUCGUGUAUUUUUGAUUACCUUAGUACUUUAAACAGAAAUAACGCAGGUAAGAAGUUACAUGUAACUUUUUACUCUGACAACUGCACAGGUCAAAAUAAAAAUAAAAUCAUUGCCACUUUAUACUCCUAUGCUGUCACAUAUUUUGAUAAUAUUUACAGUAUUACUCAUAAGUAUCUAAUCAAAGGACAUACUCAAAAUGAAGCUGAUAAUGUACACAGCUUAAUUGAAAAAGAAAUUAAAAAAAACAUUAAAGCUGGACCCUUAUACAUACCUGUUCAAUUCGCUACCUUAAUUAAAAGCGCUCGUAAAUCAGGAAAGCCUUUCAUCGUUAAAGAAAUAAAUUACGAAUUUUUCUUAAAUCUCAAAAAACUCCAAGAACAAUGGGCAUACAAUUUUAACGAAAAUAUAAAUAAAUUACCAGUAUUGUGGAAUGAAAUUAAAUCAAUAAAAUUUAUUAAAGAGGAGUUGUUUCACUUGUAUUAUAAAAUAUCAUAUUCUGAUGAGGUGUUCUCUGAGAUUGACAUGAGGAAUAAACGUAAAAAAAUGUUAAGUUACAACGAAAUCCUGAUUGAACAAUUGUAUAAGCAACCAAUAGAGUUAAAAGAAAAUAAAAAAAGAGAUCUUAAAGAUUUAGUAAGAAAAAAUUUAAUACCUAGCAUAUAUGCGAGUUUUUAUAAUUCCUUAUAGAUUAAUCGUUGUAAUAACAAAGUUAAUAAUAAGUGAUUCUUAAAAAGCUAAUAUACUAUGUAUCGUACUUAAUAAUAAGUGAUUCUUAAAAAGUUAAUAUACUAUGUAUCUUAAAAAAUAAAUAGUAUGUUUGAAUAGUAAUUAUAGUAGUGGAGAGUAAGUACAAAGUUCCUAAGUUAUAUUUUGGAAGACUGUUGUUUUAUUUUAGACUAGUGUUGAUUUAAGAGAAACCUGUUUUAAUUUGUUACAAAAAUAAUUAUUUUAUGUUAUUUUUUUCCAAUUUAAGAAUGUUUUUAUAAUUAGUUUAAGUCAGAACAAUACUUUUGUGUGGAGUCAUUACUUGAUUUAUGAAACUAAGUCAUGAAUAAAUGAAAGACUGUGUUGAUUUUUCUAUGCCAGUAUUAUUUUGAAAAGUUGUCUUUUUUUUACUAAACCUCUAGUAAGUUAGAACAAUACUCACUGUGUUGUAUGAUACCUAUUUUUGAUACAAUUUUUAAUUAUUAUUUCAUAUUUCUUGUUUAUAUAUUAUUAUUAAGUCUAUUUUACCUCAGAAGUGACUCAAUAUCACUUAACAAUUUUUCAUUGUUUUCAUUUUGUCCUUUUGUGUAAGACUGCAAACCUUUUUUAGAGAAAAAGUGUCAUUUUUUGAAAAAGGAUUGAUAUUUUUUAGUACUGCUCAAAAUAAUAUAGACCCUUGACCAAAAAAGUCAUCAGGAAUUACAAUACUUUCAAUUCUAAAGUGACCUAUUUUUUUAAAAAUGUUAUUCUAUAUUAUAAAUAUAAAAUAUAAAAAAAAAUAAUAAUGUAUAUUUAUGGUAAUGAAGUCCAAUAAUGAUACAAAAACGAUUUUUUUAACUUAUGUUGUCAUAAUAUUAAUUUAUUGGCGAAUAAAUGGAAUAUCGUGAAUGUGUCCGACACAUUUUUAUCUAUUUCCAAAAAUCGUAAAUUUUGAAAUCGGUCACUUUCGUUCUCAGC